AUGAAAGUCAACAUAUUGUAUAAAACGUUACUACUAUCCCUUGUUCCAUCAUUGAUUUCUGCUAUACCUCAUAAUGGUGUCGACCAUGGCUCACCUACCACGCACAUGAUGCCAAACGCUGCUUCAGAGGGCUUGCGAGAAGAAUACAAUUCUACUACCAUUAUUCCAACUCCAUACGCAAUGGCACAUAUGCAUGGUCAGCCAAUUUUGGAACAAGCAGGGUUGACUCCAGCACAGAAAUUAUAUUGGGAAAGUUAUAAUACUACUACUUUCUUAAAUAGUGAUAUGGGCAAUAGAUCUGCUUUGAAAUUCCAUACUGUAUCACUCAUUGUAAUAGCCGCUUUCAUUUAUCCAAUUUGUUUAGUACUAAAUAAUGUGGAAUCAAAUUGGUAUCUACCAUUAUUAACUGUAAACUUCGGUUUAACAAUCAUGUCAUUGACAGCUUUACAGGUAUUUGUAACGAGUUUCCAAGAUACUUUAUACCCGGGAAAUUUAUACCGACCAGUUUCUUAUAUAUUAUUAAUUUUAGCUUCAAUCCAUUAUAUAAGUGCUGUAGUUUAUUGCGCUAUUAAAUGGAUGCCAAAGGGUUACAACCAAGUGUUGACUUACGAAAACGGCGAAACUCAUAAUACCUCAAUUCCUUUACAAGAAUUUCAUUCACAUAGUGAAGAAUCUACUGCAUCAUCGAAUUUCUUGUCAGAUGUUCCAAAUAUUUCAACGGAUGUUAAUAAUAAUAAUAAUAACAAUGAUAUUCAUAAAAAUAACUUUAACUCAGAAGCAAAUAUAGAUAACUUCGAUAUAGAAGAUCAGAAUACACCUUUCCAAGAUGGUCAAACUUUAAGAAGUAAGCAUUUUAAGGGACAACAUCAAAGCCGUAAUGAAAUCCUAGAGAAAGUUUAUGAUCAACCAAUCAUACAAAUACUAUCUAACAGAUUUGGUACAUUAUUCGAACUUACAUUCAAUCUACUGAAUUAUCCUCUAUUCGUUUAUUAUCUUAUCUAUAUAACUAUUGGUCUAACAGUUGGCAAUCUAUUCGGAAAAGGCCAAAGGAAGUUCAACUUACUAGCUCAUUUUAUUAAAGGUGGUGUAUUUAUCCUUUUAGGAUUUGUAUCAUUAGCACGCUAUUGUGGAUUUGGUCAAAAAAGAGGUUGGGCAUGGAAUAGAAUAAUUAUUUAUAGAAGAGAUGUCACACCUCAAAACUCCAAACUUUUUGGUUUUAUCACUUUGCCUAAGGGUACUAUUACAAUGGAAGGAUUAGAAUCCUUCCUAAUCUUUUUUUAUGGUUCAACAAAUGUCUUUUUAGAACAUCUAGCUGGUGCUGGUGGCGCCUGGACUGCAAAAGAUUUGCAACACGUUUCUAUUGCCUUUAUGUAUAUAGGUACAGGUUUAUGUGGUCUAUUGGCAGAAAAAAAUUUAAAUGAAAAGAAUUUCAAAACGGUAAUUGAAAACGCCAAUAAAAAUAAUAUAGAUGGUGAAAUCAUUCAUGAAGAGGAUGUCUUUGCAUGUUCAGGAGGCUACUCUCCAAACCCAUUCCCAGCCUUCACAAUAUUUUGGACUGGUAUUCUAAUGUCACAGCAUGCUCAAGCUUCUACUACGUCUACAGCUAUUCAUAUCCAAUGGGGCUCAUUACUAUCAUAUGGUUCAUUUUUUAGAAUUUUUACAUUCCUAAUUUUAUUCUUUGUUCCAAAUAAAAAUUCCUCACCAUCGAGACCAUUGACGGAAUUAAUCACGUCUUUUUGUAUGUUAUCUGGUGGUUUAAUAUUUAUGGAAUCCACUGAUCAAGUUAUCGAAGCCAUGGAAUAUAGAGGAUAUACUCCAAUGUUUACUUUCAAUGUCUCUGUUGGUUUUGUAGCUUUAGUAAUGGCAUGGGAAAUGAUUUUAUUCAUGUGGAGGGAUUAUUUAAAGAACCAUAAUUCAACAAAUUAA